AAAGACAUCAAGGUGAAUUUUCAGAAGCAUUUGUUGAAUUUUGUGCUUUGUGCUGUGAUCACGGUGCUCGUGCUUGAAGAAAAAGACAAAGAGGGAGAGAGAGAGAGUGAUAAAGAUAUCGUUUCCCUUUUCAACAGACUUCAAACUGUUUUUAUAAUUAACUAUUAUUGUGAACGUUGUUAUUCCUCACGUGUAAAUCUAAAAACGAUUUUGUCUAAGGGGAAUUUAACGAUUUGGUGUAAAAACAUACAAAACCACUGAAGGAAAUAAAAUAAGAACUUUAUUUUCUAAAUUUACAACGUCCUAUAAGAUAUAAUUUUAUUUUCACCUAAGGAAGUAAAUGAGAAAGCUUUUUUAAAAACUUUUGAAAAACGAAAAAAAUAAGAAUUUACACUUACAAAUUGAAGCUAUUAGUUUUUUGAAAGGGGAAUAUAUAACGUAGUCAAUUAGGAAAUGGUCAUGGAGGCAACCCAUUCGGCACAAUCUGUAGGCCGUGAGUUUGUUCGACAAUAUUACACUUUGUUGAAUCAAGCUCCAGCUCACCUUCACAGAUUUUACAAUCAUAAUUCAUCUUUCAUUCACGGCGGUCUCAACAAUGCAGAUCGUGAUAUUCUUCCUGCAAUUGGCCAAAAAGAAAUUCAUCAGAAAAUACAACAAUUAAACUUCCGAGAUUGUCACACCCGUAUCAGUCAAGUGGAUUCUCAGGCAACUUUAGACGAUGGUGUUGUUAUUCAGGUAACAGGAGAGUUUUCCAACGCAGGCGAACCAAUGCGUCGUUUUACUCAGACGUUCGUUUUGGCGUCAAGAGCACCGAAAAUGUACUAUGUGCUUAAUGAUAUCUUCCGAUACCAAGAUUUAGGAUUUCCAGAUGAAGAAGAAGAGCUAGAAACAGAUAAUACGUUGGGUGAAUCGACUGAACGUACUGAAAAUGAAGAAGGACGUUCUGAGACCGAGGAAGAUGAUCAAGCUCAUCAAAAUCAGAGCGUCCAGGAUCAAGGACAUUCUACACAUCUUCCUGGACAACCAUCACCUCUCCAACCAACCCAACAACCAAUUUAUUACCCACCAACUAAUCAACAGAUUAACCCAAUGCCACCAGUAAUAAAUGGAAACAUUCAUGAAGAAACUCCUUUAAUAAACCAACAACGACAGCCAAUAUUACCUCAACCAACUCAACCAUCACAACAGUACAUUGAACCUACUCAACCCGAACAGUUUACUCAGGAACCAGAAGUGGCAGUUAAAGUGGAACAACCUCAGACGCCGUUGCAGCAACAGCAACAAACUCCGCAACCACCAAUUAUGCAACAAUCUUCACCACAGCCCUCACAAACAACACCGCCCCAACCCCCCGUACAACUACCACAACAGACACAACCCCCACAACCUCCUAUACCUCAACAGCAACCAACACAACAGCCACAACAAUCAGAAGACGAAAACCGUCUACCGGAAGAAUCUAAUGAACAACAGACAUCUGAAAGCUUACCACAACCGACAACAGAGACAGAAUCAGAACAAAAUACUACUCCGGGUUCACAUAACAGACAAAAAUCAUACGCCAAGACUGUCCGGUCCAGUACAAUGGGUGGAAGUUGCAAUCUAAUGCCCAAAACAUCUAUGUCUCCACCACCCGUAUCGAACAUUCGAAACGAAGAUCGUCCAAUGGACAUUUGGAAUCCAUCCAACACGAACAUCAACUCUAAUACCCUAUCAUCUGGACAGCAUCGUGUUGGAAGUAACCAAACGCCUCAGCAGCGUUCUCGAGUUGGACCCGUACAAAAAGACAAUCGUGGACGUCGUGAUUGGCCUGACAAUCAUCAGUUGUUUGUUGGAAAUGUUCCACAUCAAGCGACUGAAAGUGAAUUAAGAGUAAUCUUCGAAAGAUUUGGAAAAGUUGUAGACUUGAGGAUUUUCUCAAAAGGCAAUGAACGUUCAAAAGGUAUGCAAGGACAGAAUAAUAUGAUGCGAGUGCCUCAUUACGGAUUUGUGACAUUUGAAGAUGCAAGUGUCGUCACUAAAGUCCUAGCGGCUUGUCCAAUUUGCUACCCUGGUGAAUCUGGACAAAAGUUGAACAUUGAAGAGAAAAAAAAUAAAUUACGAGUUCCUGGUGACAAUAAUAUGCGAUCCAACCAAGAUAAUAUGCGUUCAUCUAUCGGAGGAGUACAGCAACAACAACAGCAACAGCGUGGCCCAGGUGGUCCAGGUGUAAUGCGAGGUGGACAACAUUCUCGAGGUGGACGAGGGUUUUCUCGUGAUGGUGGAAGAGGCACAAUGAGACAACCAGGCAAUAUGGGCAAUCCUGGUUAUCAAAACCGUCGCUAAUUGUUACUAGUGACAACUUCUGCCUCGUACAGAUUUUAUAUGUCAGCAAACCUACGAUAACUAUUCAAACAUCAUUUUUUUUAGAUAUUCGUGGUGAUUUAAUGACAUUUAAAUCUCCCAUUAAUCCGCGAAAUGGAUCUUUAUAUCAUCAUCAUCUUCAUAAUCAUCAUUAAUAUGAACGUCAUCAUCGUCGAAACAUCACGCCCAAACUUAUGAUAACGUCCGGACGAAUGAUUAGUAGAUAAUCGUCGAUAAUUAUGUUCAUUAUUAAACCUAAGGCUUCAGGAAAUUUUUUAUCUACAAUUGAAUCUUUCAUAAAGAAUUUCAUACGAAUUGUUAUUUAUUCAUUUAAAAUGCGACAAAUUUUGAAUAAUGUCCUUUGUCUAUUUUUCCACUCUCUCUCUCUUUCUUACUCUUGGUUGUUUUCAUUUUCUAUUCUUUUUGUCGUAAAAUUUCCUGGAGUCUGAUUUAUAUUAUUGAAUUUUAUUUUUUUUUUUCUUUAGAUUAAAUUACGCGACAGGUCGCAAAAAUAAAUCUUCAAAUGUUUACAAAGUUAAAAGAAAAUCGGGAUUUAUUUGAACAUUUCCCGAAUAAAAUAGUUAUCAUGAAUUUUUCAAAUUCUUGUGAAUUAAGUUUUUUCUCUAAUUCCUAAAAAAAAAUCAUAAAUGAAUUUUUUUCGUUUUUUUUCCUGCUGUAAUGUAUUUUAUGGACAUAGGUUAUUAUUUAAAUAAUUUGUUUUAUGUUUUUUCUCUGAAAGAGUCAAUAAAUUAAUUGAUAAAAUUCGAUUAAUUAAACGAAUAGAACUAAUUAUGGUUGAAUAACACGUAGGAAUUCGUUGCAUCUAAUAAUGACUUUUUUCUAGUGAAUAAUGACUAAACGAUUCAGAGUGUUAGUUUAAUAUAAUUAAAGAGAAAAACAAUGAUAAUAUUCUACGGCCUUUUUUAUUCGCAUAACCGCAUAAACACUAAAGAGUGCAAAUAAAUAAAAGCAGACUUGAAAAUAAAAUUUCACGAAUAUCAAAUGUCCUGCUUUGUACUGCCAUGUAUGGUCAAUCCCAAAAAACAUCGAUUGAUCAUUUAAAAAAAGAAGUAAAUUACUGUUAGCUGGUUGAACUUAUCAUCUCUUCUUAUUUCAUUCUUCGAUUUUAUAUUGUUUCGUACUUGAGAAAAAUGUUCUAUGUAAUAUAAAUAACUGUGAAAUAUGAACUAUCAAUUCUUCAUAUACAAACCAUAAGAGCAAGUUUUAAAUCUCUUUGACUUAUAUUGUAAUAAAUUAUAAUUAACUUAAAACGUGCUGCGGUACGUUUUUUUUUUCUUUUUCUCUUUUUUUUUUUGGAUGUUAAUAUUCAAAAGGAGAAAAAAAAAAGAAAACCGACAAAUAAAAGUUGCCUGUUUUUCCAAGUAAUUAUUGAAUGUGAAUUUGUUAUUUAAUCCAUUUCGACUAAUAUAUACAUAAAUAUAUAAAUAUAUCGAAUACUUCAAAUGUUUAAACAAUGAUUUUCAAAUACGUUGGAAGUAUUGAAACGUUUUACACUUCGAUUAAAUUAUCUAUGUACAUAAAUAAACAUCGCAUGUAUAUAAGCAUUUUGAGAUAAAGACUUUGAUCAUGUGCUAAUUUUAUUACACGUUAUAUACGAAUGCAAGACUAGAAUUUGAAGUAUAUUUAAAAAAAAAUAUUAUUAGAAAUAUUACAACUAUUAAUAAUUCUAUAAAAUAAACAUUAGCAAUGCCAUUAAUAUGAUGAAAAGCAAUGAAUUAAUUGUGAAAUCUCAAAGUCAAUAUUAAAGUAUUAAAAUCAGUAUUUCCAACACUUACGGUUUUGAUUAAAAACAAGUUUAAUAUAUAAAUUUUUAUAAGACAUGUUAUUUUGUGUAAUAUGGCGGAUAUGAUUUGGAAUUUAUUCAAAUUAAUAUUUUAAGAAUUUUAUUUAAGAAAUGAUUAAUAUGAUUAAGUAAAUAAGUUUACAACUGCUCAACUUUAUUUUUAUGUUCAUUAGUCGAAAUGGGUUGAUUACAUUAAUGAUGAAAUAAUUAUUUAAUAAUUGAAUAACUGAAAAAA